CUCCAGCGUUUCACACACUCUCUCUCUCACACACACAAAUCAUCCAAAGAUGUUUCAGGUUCAUUUUGUCUCGGUGCUGGGACUGUGCUGCUUGAUCAAGGAGAGCUAUCUGUCGUUUAUUGGACGCCCACUGCUGGUUGCUCCCACCGAGGCUAUGUUGAACAGUGUGGUCAUCGUCCACUGUGAACUCCCGGUCUACCCGAAAAAUGAAUCUGUUCUCUUCCAGCUGUUUAAGACAGGGGAUCGUUCGAAGUUGCUGGGUGAGUUCAGCUCUCUGAACGGAGAGGCUGCAGAGAUCGCAAUGGUCAUCAGGUGGCAUCAUGAUGGAAGCUUGGAGUGUGUCGCCAAAGCGCAGAACAAUUCUACAUUUCAGCAAACUGUUAGCAACACACACCGUCUGAGAGUCAUUGAACCAGUUAAGAGUGCAACGGUUCACGUCCUCUCGGGUCCAACCGAGUUUCUAGAGGGACAGUCAUUAAAACUUAGUUGUUCGAUCACGGCUGGAAGCUAUGUCUCCUACAAGUGGCUGCUGAAUGGUCAACUGCUCCCUCUGUCUUCGCUCCCGGACCAUCCAGACCAUCUUCACAAUGUCAUGGAUGCUUUCAGAACCAGCAGAAACAACAGCGGCUCCUACAUGUGUGUUGCGACAAACCAGUUCAACACAUCCCAAGUCUUCACCGCCAACAGCUCUGACGUCUUAAUCACAGUCAAGGAGUUGGUGUCCGAUGUGAAAAUCUCCUUCACUGUUAUGAAGGAAGCAACACAAAACUACUCUGCUCUGGUCAACUGCCAGGCAUUACGAGGAACGCCACCCAUCACGUUUCGGCUUUUGAAAGAGACUCAUCUUAUUUCAAGUGACACUGUGGAUGACAUGAAAGCCACAUUCAGGAUUCCUGUGGUGCUGGACCGACACCUUGGAUGGUUCCGGUGCCAGGCUGACAAUGGAGCUCAAGUUGCUUCCAGUUUGUUAUUGCCUAUAGAAGUGGUGGCUGCCAGUGGACCAGUGACGCUUCAUUAUGACACUGACACUGGGGAGAAUUACGUUGUUAUUGGUCUCAGACUCUACUGCAAAGCAGCAAAGGGUUCUCAGCCACGCUACCGGUGGUUCCUCAACAGCACCCGCCUGCCUGAGAGUGGAGCCUUUUACCAGAUGGUCCACCAGCCUCCAGAAAGAUCUGUGUUGCUUCUGUCAGUCAAUAGCAAAAGCGCCGGCGUGUACCACUGUGAAGUGUCAGACAUCUUUGACAACAGCACGACCUUCAGCAGCAGGAGGAUUCCUAUAAACAAAGACGCUCUGAAUCGCCUUCCUACAUCAGUCAUGGCAGUAGUGUUUGGAUCAUUCGCUGUUGUGGUGUUGAUGGUCGUCAUCUGCUGUUCAGUUGGAGUUGCAUUCCGGAGGAAGAAAGAGAACAAGAACAAUGCGAGCAGCGUGAUUAAACCAAGAGGUUCUAUCAUUCUGCUGUCAUAUGUCCGCUGGGGUCUGGAGUCAGAGAGGAUGGGGCCUGCGUGUGAAGAUGAGCUGGAUGUGCCUGGCUACUGUGAGGAUACUGCUGUUGUAACGGCAGCCAGAGCUGUUGACUUUGAGGAGGCGAUAUCAGAUGAAAAAAAUUGCUCAGUUUAGGUCUGAUGAGUCAACAGCAGGUAAAGUUAUUAUCACGUGACCUUGU